AUGGCAAUCACCGAUGGCACCGGCCAGUCAAGUGUAGCUCCUCCUCCACAGGAGCGCCUAAUGAAGGCCUGCCGACUUGUAAACGGCUACGACAGCGACAGCAACAGCAGUGAUUGCAACGAUGGCAAAGAUUGCAACGAUGACAACGAUGGCAAUGACAACGGCAACAACACCAAAAGCCGACAAUACGAUGAUGCGAACGUGAGGCCAGGCCAGUCUCAUGAAGGUGAUACCACCGUCAACGUAGAACGCCCAUCCAAGGAUUCCGUCUCGCUAGAGCUGGAAAUCUCCCGUGGGAGCGGCGGGCUCGCCUGGCAAACCAGCAAGAAGCGCAUAGCGCCGAAUGGCGGCCAGUCUGACAACGGCAGCGACGCAAACUUGGAUGUACCCUCUCGGAUCAAGCCGUCCGAUGAGCCGGAUCACACGACAUUGGCGGACAGUGCGUGCGGCAACAACUACCCCGUGCAAUCUCUUGCCAGUCUGCUUGCCGACCUGCAGUGCAUCAGAGAGUACCGAACGUCUGCUCCUAACAAAGGCGGUACGCCAUAUUUUGAGAUUUGUAUCCGAGGGUAG